CGGUCGGCGUGGAUGGUGUUACUGGUGUGUGCUCCUGUCCAGCGUCUGCCUCGUGUUGUGGUCUCCCUUGCGCCGCGCCUGACACCCUAUCGGAGUGUCACCCUGCCACACGCCCACUCCAGCACCACACACGCCCUCGUCGCCGCUCUUCAGGUGCUCCUACGACAAGAUAAGCGGCGCAUGUUGAGUACAGGAGGAGCGGCAGUGUGAGAGCAGGAACAGUGGGUGAUUUCUCGUCGGCAAUGUGAAGAUGCAGGUGGCCCCCGCCCCGGCCGGGGACUCACGGCCCCAUACUACGCCGGACCUCUCCAGCAGUCCCGGGGUCCAGCCAGGGGCAGGAGCGCCGCCCCCAGCCAACACCACCACCACUACUGACACUACUUCCAACAGCGGUAGUGGCCGCGAGGGUGGUAGUGGGCGGUGGGCGGCGGCUGUUCUUCUUUUAACACAUGUUGUAGAGCUCGCAGCUAUGGUGGCUGCCACUCUCGCCUACGCUCUUCCUACCUACCUACCACCCGAGUCCGCCCACUCACCGCCCGAACCCAGCCCCUUGCCGCUGGAUACGCAUGCGCCUUCCGAGGUCACCCACACGCCUGAAUUCCGGCAGGAGGGUAGGGUAGGUGAGUUGGGCAAGGCGUGUCUUCCUCUGCAGCUGGCAGUUGGUGGCGCACCGUUGGUAGUGAUCACAGCGAUCUCCUUGGUAUGGGCGGUUCGGGCACAGGAUUUCUCUGGCAGAGCAACGGCGCGCAUGUUGUGUUGGCUUCUACACAUCCUUCAGGCCUCCAUUGUAUGGCGCUUCCUCAAAAUUCACCUCGCCUUCGACCCCAGUGAUGUGGCCGAGUUGGGGACACUACGGUUUGUACAGGUGCAUGUGCACACACUCCCCUUCUUAGUCUUACACGUGACCAUGAUGGUGGGGGAGGGUAGCGGUCCUGGGAUAGUGGACAUCUUGGUGGCCACAGCCAUGGUUGUGUCGGUGGUGGUGACCAUCGUGGUAGCUACCACAGCAAGUCACAGCUCUCGCCCAUCCUCCCUCACCCCGCCCACCAUCACUCAGGUGGCACAUAACUCCAUUCACGGACCAUGCACGGAACACAGUCACGACGGGGCAGUGCGGGGCGUGGUUGCUCUUACUACCUCCUGCGUGGUGUGGAGCAGAGUGGUGGCUAUUGCAUUGCUCUUCUGCCUUCACGUCACCUGCGCCUGUGUACUGGUGGCAGUGCACUGGGUGGCGGCACUGGUCUGGCUCAGUCUGCAGCAAGAACUGGAGCCUACUACACUGGGUCCAGUCCGGAAGUACCUCCGUCGAGCAUUCCUCGCCUAUCUUCUGCUGUGGGACUGGCAUGUUUUCCGUGACGACGCAUCAGCCAUGACAGUAUGCGCACGUCCGCGCCUCCCUGCACUUUACUACACCAUCACCGCCGUUCAGAAUGUAGCGGUUACUGCUACUUGGUACACUGCUAGCAGAGCUAUUAUCGCUGUGGUCCGUACUACAACCCUCUCCUCUGUGUUGGCUGCUCAAGCUGUGGCACUGUUACUCUUGGCGCUCUCCUACCUCUACUGUUCCUCGCUCCUGCCCUCAUGGCCUCGGGACAAGGCCUCCACUCUCGUCAGUCGAGCCUCGCUAGUCACACCCGUUGCUAAGUCUGCCACCCCACCAACUACUGACAAGCAGAAUCGCAACAAUUCCUACGUCGAUUUUAAGGAAAUCGAAGGCGAGGUACCUGAGGCUGAUAAGAGCAAAAGAGACGAUGAAGAUCCUACCAGAGAAGUCGCCACGCCACUGAAGAAUAUAGUACCCAGGGCCCACUCCACACCUCGCUCGCCACUACCACUCGCCCCACGCCUUAUGGCUGCCCACCUCCCACCAACUAUGUUCAGCUUUUCCCAUGACAUCCUACCACCAAGACUGGCUAAAUCAGAGCGUUCCUCCACUGACAAUGGGUCUUUUAACUCGCGCAACACAAACACGCUGCCGACGCAGCUACCGCCGGAGUACGACCUUCUUCACCGAGCUCAUGGGUCCUUCUCUGAUAGCUUUAGUUCACUCUCCUGUGGUACCAUCAACCGCACCACCGGUACUGUGAGAGCCGCAGCUACUCAGGACCACAGGACGCAGUGCACGCCUCCUUCUUCCACUAAGCUAACGUUCGCUUCACACUCUUCUUGCAGGAAUGGAUUUUGCCACUGUAAAUUAUUUGAUGGCAUGGAAGGCCCUUGUGAUGUGAACGAAGAAGAAGAGGAGGAAGAACCUGAUGAAAAACAUCACAAGAAAGAAGCUAUUGACAAUGAUUUAAAAACGGAAGGUGACUGUAGUGGAGGAUUGGUAGCCGGUAAUGACCAGCCAAUGGAAGGCAGAGGCAACGGUGUCAACAUACUGCCUGGUUCACCCGAGGUUGUACCGACCAUGUGCGACUCUGCACCUCAAGUAGCAGUGGUACGAGGCAUUCAGAGGUUCAGAGUAGUCUGUGCUGCGUGCCUCCACACUCAUGACCCGCUACUCACACGCUGCCACGUCCAUACCACGCCUCCCGAGGUACUCUUCACGCGGUGCCAUGCGCAUACCUCGCCUCCAGAAACCCUCCUUUCCCCUAGCUGCCACGGAGUAUCACUUGUGCGGUGCCCCACAGCGGGGGGCACGCUCAGUCGUUCUUGUGUAGGCCUAGGCGGCGGCUCCAGCACCGAUUACCCGUCGGACACAGAAGUGACAGCCACCGCCGACACAUUAAGUUCCGCAUCAGCCGACUCUCAUUCCACCUACACCACCUGGCCCGUGGGUCGCGGACCGGGCAUGGCCCGUCUUCUUCAGCUGCAUCCAGGUUCUCAUGACUACGUGACGGCGUGGCUGCGGCACCAACAAGCUCGUGGCCCCAGUGUGCCCCCUCCACCUCCUCCUCAGGUAGUCCACGAGUCCUCCGCCAGUCCGGAGCCUCCCACCCGCCGCCAGCGUCGGCCUCGGCGCCACCUGCCUCGCGCCUCACGUCACAAGGACGCCCCGCUGCCACACCUCCUUCAGGAUCUUGAGACCGUGGUGUGAGCGUCGGAUCCACACAAGCGUUGCUUCUACACCUUUGUGCUAGGCGCUUGUGUCGUAACGAGAGAUAUUAGUUUGUUCAUCGGUAUAUACAGCCAGACACGGGUCUUAUAUAUACUCAGCCUUUCAGAAGUGCCGUACCUACCAUGGGGUGCUGCAAGACGUAGUGUCUAAGGACACAUGAAGGUGUGGUAGCCGAUGGGCCACAGCAACAGUGGCAACGAGGGAGUGUUGAACUUGAUAUAUACGAUAAUAAGUGAGUCGUUUGAUGUGCAUCAGCAUAGAAAACGUGAUGCAAGUAUGGCAUUACGUAAGCCAGAGUUCUGCCUGCAUUUUUCUGUUCUACUGCAGAACUUUGUGCCUGCAUAUCUGGCUCUAUAGAAGAAUGCGUGAUUCCUGCGUCACUUCGUGAGGGAUGAAAGAGGCAUUUGAACAGGUGUGUGUGUGUGUGUGUGUGUGUGUGUGUGUGUGUGUGUGUGUGUGUGUGGGGUAGCAGGCUUGAGCCAGCUAUAUUACAGUCUCAGGGUGCGGACGGGUGGGAGCCGGCCUGGCUCCACUGCUCAUCGGACGCCCGGCCCGCCCACUUCUAUGCUACGCCCACAACCAAGGCAGCCCACCCACAAACAGGGCAGGCAGCCCACCAACCGGGCAGGCCGCCCUCUACCCGGCAAACCUGCCGGGUAGUGGGCGCAAGUAGAGGCCGGAGCGGGCUGGGUCUCCUGCCUAAAAUAAGUCAUGUAAAUAAGCCCUGGCCGGCGCAUAUGCCAUGCCAUUUAUGACAUAUGGACGCUAAGUCCUUUAUAAGCCUUUUAUAUGAUAUAUUUUAAGAUAAAGUACAUUUAUAAGAGCGCAUUUUAUUUAUCCUCUCAUUUAAACACUGUUGACCAGUUUGCUUCCCGCCAGGUGGGAAGAAACCCGCCGUAUUACUCAAAAUAUACAGCAGUCACUGUAUGAAAAACCAAUAGUCACUGUACUAAAAAAAUAAUAGUCAAUGUAUAAAAAACAGUAGAAAAUGCACUUAAAACUCACGUGUCACUGCAUUUAAAACUUAUCACUGCACUUAAAACCAACUUAUCACUGCACUUAAAAUCCACUUGUCACGCCACUUAAAACCCACUUAAAACCCACUUAUCACCAUUUUAAAUCCACUUGUCACUCCACUUUAAACCCACUUAUCACUGCACUUAAGAUCCACUUGUCACGCCACUUAAAACCGACUUAUCACUGCACUUAAAACCCACUUAUCAUUGCACUUAAAACCCAGUUAUCACUGCACUUAAAACUCACUUAUCACUGCACUUAAGACCCAAUUGUCACGUCACUUAAAACCCACUUAUCACUGCACUUAAAACCCACUUAUCAUUGCACUUAAAACCCACUUUUCACUGCACUUAAAACCCACUUAUCAUUGCACUUAAACAUACUCAUCACUGCAAUUGAAACCCACUUGUCACGCCACUUAAAACCCACUUAUCACUGCACUUAAAAUCCACUUGUCACGCCACUUAAAACCCACUUAUCACUGCACUUAAAAUCCACUUGUCACACCACUUAAAACCCACUUAUCACUGCACUUAAACAUACUUAUCACUGCACU